AACUACGCGUUAGAAAAAUACUGGUUCCCAAAAUGUCUGGUUGAAUAUUCUUUAAAGUAUAAGAAAACCGACCUCAAGUUGUCACAUUGUCCGCCCGGGCCGGGCGAGUCAACUAGCUCCACCCCGCGCCGGAAUUCCUCUAGCUCAUCGUUGCCGAAGAGCUCUACGAGGUAUUACCCCCAAGAGGCCCCCGAGAGCGCUCAUCGUCGUAGUCGUCGUCGCCAGUCAGGGUCAACAGCACCGGCCGUAAGGCCUUCGCAGUCUCAGCGAGAGUCAAUCACAUGACAUGAGGAGAGGGGGAGGUAGGUAAGAAAGAUUAUCCACACACACAGUCAUCGAUCAUGACUACAUUGUGGACGUCCUGAACGAUGAUGACGAGCAUGAUCUGUUUGUCCGUGACCGUGAUGAUGAUGGUGGUCCAAGGAAGCGUGCACAGUUCCCUGAAGAUCCACCCGAAGCCCAGACAAUGCAGAAACCGUCCACUAAAAACUAAAUCCUCGAACUUCGAUGCAAGAAGAAAAGGUUGCAGCGCGCCUGCUACCGUAGAUGACGAGUCUGGUCUCGUAUGAUCUCUGUGCAGUCUGGCGACAUGUACAGGCAAGACUCGAUCAAACAAUACUGUAGAUGCUGAGUUCGUGAACUGCAGUAUGCUAUCUGAAUGACCGCUUUAAAAAUCAGCGGUGGAAGACAUCGCGGUGUGCCAGUAGCAACGAACAUGGAGGGCUGCGGCAACCACCACGCGUACAGUUCGCGGCGUGUACUGAAUUUACUCCUCAUCCGCUUGCCACUCCCCCCACCCACUUCCUCCCCAUCCUCCGCCACACUUCGGGCCUCCCACACACAACAACCAAAAAACAAACAUUGCAUACCCUUCACAGUUUAGGGACAAGGCUUCUCCAACAGGGGAGUGGGCGGCCGACUGCAUAGCAGCCUAGCGCAGAUCGUAGACAUCCGUGACAGCACGCCCUACCGGACCACGCGGCCCCCAAGCGCGAAUGCACGAGAAUAGAUAAACAUAUCUGGACACAGAAAACGAGAAAGGCUGACAUUACGCGAACGACAAUUACAGAAUUACGAGGGUCUGGCACCAGCCAUGCCGCCAUGCUGGAUGUCAACGACCACCAUGCUGCAUUUUACCUGGACCGCUCGUUUGCUACAUCACCUUUGACAUCAUGCUGCGCUUGAAAUUUUCACGUGGCAUCUACUUCCUUCAUACCCGCAAUUUGCUAGUGUGUGUCAACUCCAUUUCGAACUUGUUUGCCAAACACUUCCAGACAACAUGUGUUUACGCACGGCUCAGAAUGACGCACGUGGUCACGAGCAAGGGCAACGUCGCCUGAAUCACCUCCUUGUGCAGUUUCACGGCGUAUUCAACACGCUGGAUCAGCAUGCAAGAACGGACUGCAUGAUGGUAGUCGAUAUGGUCGGGCUCGAAAAGGUGUUCCCACAUAGUCUCGGGAAUCGCAAUGGCUUUCUCGUGUUGGUCGAUGAACGAGUAGACCCUGAUCAUGAUGCUAUAAGAUCUUUCAUUGGGAGCCACCGCAUGGUCAACCAUUUCAUGAACAACUCUUGGGCGUCGAUGUGCAUGCCGAGCUGAAGACGAACAUCCAACACCGCAUUGUAUGCAGCCCGGUAGAGCUGAAUUCCUGAUCCCUGAAUCUCAUUGCAAACCUUCAAAAGCAAAUUCUGGAUCGGAACCUUCGUUGGCCACAACAAUGGCACGAUAUGCCCAUUUGCUGAGGGUGACACCAUCGCUCACCAUCUAUACGAAAUAAUGCACGACACUCUCCGCAAGCUGACGACCCUUCCACGCAGCCAGCAAGCGGUUCUGCAAAUCAAACGAACGGUUGAUCCCAUGAGCUCGAACCAAAACAAGAAGCCGCAAUCCGUCUAUGUGAAUGCGUUUGCCAUCGAGACUUUCAGCUACGCGCUAGAAGAAACUGAUUGCUACGGCCUUGUGAAUGAGGUGUGCACCAGGAGCGGCUCCCUUCUCCAACAUCUGGUCGAAAAACGUCAUGGCUGUUUUUUUCUCGUCUCCAAGUCUGAUGGAGGCAUGCGCAACUUUCAGCAUGCUCGGGAGCUUUUGUGGGUCACGCCCUCUCUGCGCCCUCCCUCCUCGUUCUCAUCCCCCUCGUCCUCCUCCCCCGUCGCCCUCCUCCCUCCUCGUCCUCCUC